AUGACCCAGUCUUCUUUUGACGAGAAGCGCCAGACGAAAGACAAGACGCAAGAUGAGUUGUAUGAAGUUAGAGGAAACGCCGCUGGAGAUAUUUCGCAAUAUGCAGCUGUAGCAGAGGUCGAGAAACACACCACUUGGUUUGUCUGGCUUCUUGUGGCUUGUUGCACUAUAUCUGGCUUGUUAUUUGGUUAUGAUACUGGUGUAAUCUCUGGUACUCUAGUUACCAUCAACGGAGACCUUGGCCCGGCUCAAUUAUCGGACGGACAGAAGGAAUUCAUCACGUCAGCCACCACAUUGGGCGCAUUACUCGGGGGCCUUGCUGCUGGUGCCAUGUCAGACUGGACGGGCCGUCGACCCGCCCUUGGCAUCGCAGACAUCAUCUUCGUCGGCGGAGCUCUUGGGCAGGCAGUCUGUCAUACGGUAUGGAGUAUGAUCGGCUGCCGGUUCCUCAUCGGUAUCGGCGUCGGUGUUGCAUCGUGCAUCGCGCCUCUGUAUAUACAAGAGCUGUCGCCUACACGCAUGCGCGGGCGCAUGGUCGUGUUGAACGUUGUAAUGAUCACUUUUGGGCAGGUAGUUGCUUAUGGAAUCGAUGCAGGCUUUGCAAAUGUGAGUGGUGGUUGGAGGUGGAUGGUGGGACUUGGUACCGUCCCAGCUGGUAUUCAAUUGAUAUGUUUGGCGUUCUUACCGGAGAGUCCAAGGAUACUUAUCCGAAAGGGUAACAUAGAGGCUGCGCACAGAGUGUUAGAACGUGUCUACUCGGAAGCCACGGCUGAACAGAUUGAUUUACAGCUCCAGGUUCUCCGUGCAUCGGUACAGCAGAGUAUCGACAUCGCAAAUUCCACAACCUUCUUUGAGCGCUUCAACUCCAUGAUCACCGUUCCCGUAAACCGUAGAGCACUGAGUAAGAUACACCCAUUGCUUACGCACCUACUCGGAUGCGGCAUGCAAGCGUACCAACAACUCUGUGGAUUCAAUACGCUCAUGUAUUACUCUGCAUCGCUCUUUCAGGAGAUAGGGUUCAACCAGCCUACAGCGGUUGGACUGAUCAUCAGCGGGACAAACUUCAUCUUCACACUUUUUGCGUUGAAGUAUAUUGAUAUCGUGGGACGACGGAAGAUCAUGGUGUUCUCUGCACCUGGCAUGGUUUUUGGCCUCACCCUUGCCAGCAUCGCGUUCCAUUAUAUGACACUGCAUACAGGUGGCGAUCUAGUCAGUGGCGCGUCUUACUCCAGAACAUGGUCAGCGAUCGUUCUUCUCUCGAUGAUCAUCUUCGUCGCAUCGUAUGCGACGGGCUUGGGAAACGUCCCGUGGCAGCAAGGCGAGCUCUUUGGUCUCGAAGUCCGCGGUAUUGGCACAUCGCUCUCGACUGCGACGAACUGGGCUGGCAACCUUCUCAUCGGCUCUACAUACCUCUCCCUCAUGGCGAAAAUUACUCCCGCCGGUGCAUUUGGGUUCUACGCAGGGCUGUGCUUGUUAGGAUGGCUAUUUUGCUUGUUUUGCUUCCCUGAGACUGCUGGGUUGAGCCUCGAGGAGGUCCAGAGCAUCUUUCAGGAUGGUUUUGGGAUCCGAGAGAGCCAGAGAAUGAGGAAUAAAAAGCAAGAGAUGAAGAUGCAGCAAGAGAUCCAAGCAGGGCGGGGGGAUGCAUGA